UGCGCCUGCGGAACGGGUGGCUGGUGGUAAAGGCAGAGUCCUGAUACUACCCCUCUUUAUACCCUCGCACUCCCACUUUCAUUUCUGGGCGAUCCUCCUUCUUAUCCACCGCGCAUAACUAUACACUCCCCAAUUACACUCAGGUACUUUUGAACACAAACGCGCAACAAACACCUUGGUCAAACGAAAGACUAUCACCGACAGGCUGAUCAACGCGCGUGCCUGGUAGGGCUGGCGCACAACUGACUCUCUCGCUCAAGUCACACUGAUAGCGUCUUGCGCUCUUGUCUCUCGACUCUUGACCGCUGCGCCCGUUCAUGACCCAUUCGCCCACUUCUCUCUCAUAUAUCCUCUCUUCUUGGAAACACAUACCACAAUCUAUCUUGUGCCCUCGUCGUCGAACUCGAAAGCUUAUCAGUACCCGUUAUCUUAACUCCGUCGACGCGAUACCGCCGCCAUAGCAUGAGCACGACUAUUACUCGCCCCAUCUACGAAUCGCACCCCUCGGUCGACGCGUCUAUGGAAGAUUUUGAGUUCCGCGCAAACUCCCCUGAAUUCUUGCGGCCUGAUGCGCAUGCGCGCAUCCAUUUCAUGAGCCCGACUGCUUCAGACUACUCCGAGGCAGCAACCGAACCCGAUAUCAACGGAGGUUGGUCGCCGCCCGCCUGGAGGAAGGCAGGAAGUGGCUGGUUCAAGCAUCACCUCCAGCAGACCGGUCUCAUGUCGCCCUAUGGGAGCAGGGAGUGCAGUCCGGAAGAAUACAGGAAGGGGUUAACGCCGUACGAUGAUGACGAUGAAGACAUCUUGGUUGCAGCAGGAAUUCCUCUUCCCGUCAGUCCAUUGAAGGGCAGAAGCCCAGAACCUAGUUACAGUCCUACCGUUGCCACAGUCCUCAAGCAGGAUGCGGACAAGAGGAGGCAGAUGAACCAAUCGCAGAAGGAAGGCGAUCAGCCAUGGCCGGACAAGCACGAUAACUAUAUCCGUUUUUCCGUUCGAGCAGACGUGCAACAGCGCACAGAACCCAUCGAAGCAGUCAUAGCCCACUUCCGCAAAGUUUGGGGUCGCUUUACCAAGAAUCGAUACACUACGUUCCUCUCAUUGAUAUCAGCUUUGUUCAUACUGACCCUCACUCGCGCCUUGUUUUCAGAACCCGUGACUGGACCUACCCCUGAUCUCGUCAAAGUCGCCGGACUCGCCAAGUCCUUUGAACCUCUGAUGUACUACAGUGAGAACGGCCACAGCCAGGUCGUACAGCUGGGAGAGACCGGCGUCGCUGUAUGGGAUUUGGGUGAGAGCGUUCGCUCAACCAACAUGACCUCAGGUCCCAUCAUCGUGCGCGAACUCGACUCGCUUUCGGACAGUCUCAAGAAUCUCGCUCAUGAGUUGACCCGCUUCUUCGCUGGUGUCGACGGUGACAUUGACAGCAUCCUCAUCGUCAUGGAGUGGGCGCAGAGAGAGCUCACCAAGCUCAAUACCUUGCCGGCAUCUCACAUGUCGCUGGCCUUCUCGAAUUUGCACUCUCUGCUAUCGCGAGUCGGUCUACUGGAAGAUCACCGCACCGGAGAGCAGACUGCAGUCGGUAGGAUUGUCGCUGAGCUCUUCGGCCGUACGGCACCACAAGUCACUCGAGCCACACUCCAACGCACCUUCACCGACUUCCUUGGCGUACUCGAGGAGAGCAUCAACAACGAGCUGACUGCAAGCAUGAGCUUGUUCGCCCAUUUUGAGGCCAUCGACCGCCAGUUCCUCAAUCUGCAGCGCGUCGUCAUCCGUGAAACCGACGCACAAGAGCGGGAGGAGAAUGAGAUGCUGGCCUCUUUGUGGGCCCGAGUCAUUGGGGUGAAUGCUUCGCGACUCAAAAAGUUCGAGAAGAACAAACAGCUUCUCUCGUCGCUGCGCGAACGCACCAUCCAGAACAAGCACGUCCUUGUCGACCACAAUGGCCGUCUGCUACAGCUCAAGAGCAACCUCGAGAUCCUACGCAAGAAGCUGGUCUCGCCGCUAGUCAGAGGCAAUGGAACAAGUACCCUCACUGUCGAUGAACAAAUCAAGGGCCUGGAAGGUACAUACCUCAGUCUUCGGGCCACAAGAGAAGCGCAGAAGAGCAGGCUGUACGAGAUCAUUCACGAUGCAGGUACGAGGAGGAUUGGCAUUGUGAGAGGUCUAGAUGAGGGAUAUGCUAUCGAAGGUCAUUGA